GUGGCGCCAAGAUGGCGGCGGCCGCCGCCGCUGCUGCUGCCCUGAGCUGGAGGCGGGUCCCUUCGUCCACCGGGCCGGUGCCCCGCUCCCGCCACGGGCACCGCGCCGUGGCCAUCCGCGAGCUGGUGAUCAUCUUCGGGGGCGGCAACGAGGGCAUCGCCGACGAGCUGCACGUCUACAACACGGCUACAAAUCAGUGGUUUCUUCCUGCUGUUAGAGGAGAUAUUCCUCCAGGCUGUGCAGCCCAUGGAUUUGUCUGCGAUGGUACCAGAAUAUUAGUGUUCGGAGGAAUGGUUGAAUAUGGAAGAUACAGUAAUGAUUUAUAUGAAUUACAGGCAAGUCGAUGGCUGUGGAAAAAAGUAAAACCUCAGCCUCCAUCUAUUGGUUCACUACCUUGUCCUCGACUUGGCCACAGCUUUUCUUUAUAUGGUAACAAGUGUUAUUUAUUUGGUGGCCUGGCAAAUGAAAGUGAAGAUUCAAACAAUAACAUUCCCAGAUAUUUAAAUGAUUUCUAUGAACUGGAGCUGCAACAUGGUUCUGGAGUUGUAGGAUGGAGCGUUCCAAUGACCAAAGGGAUCUUGCCUUCUCCUCGAGAAUCCCACACAGCCAUUGUGUAUUGCAGAAAAGGUUUGGGAAAUCCAAAGAUGUAUAUUUUUGGAGGGAUGUGUGGCUGUCGACUUAAUGACCUUUGGGAGCUUGACAUAGAAACAAUGACCUGGUCAAGACCAGAAACUAAGGGGACGGUGCCACUUCCUCGCAGUCUCCAUACAGCCAAUGUAAUAGGAAACAAAAUGUAUGUUUUUGGUGGAUGGGUUCCACAGACAGUGGAGGAUGAGAUUUCUGCUCGUGAUGGUGAAUGGAAAUGUACCAGUUCAUUUUCUUAUCUAAAUUUGGACACCACGGAAUGGAUAGGUCUAAUCUCAGAUUGUCAGGAAGACAAAAAGAACUUGUUACCCGGGCCAAGAGCUGGACACUGUGCUGUGGCAGUCGGCACUCGUCUGUACAUCUGGAGUGGUAGAGAUGGUUACAGAAAAGCUUGGAACAAUCAAGUUUGCUGCAAAGAUCUUUGGUAUUUAGAUACAGAGAAACCACCAGCACCAUCACAGGUACAGCUGAUCAGAGCUACAACUAAUUCUUUUCAAGUAAAAUGGGAUGAAGUUCCUACAGUUGAAGGAUAUCUUCUUCAGUUAAAUGCUGACUCCCCAGCGCCUACAGUGACAGGUGGAACUGUGGUUCCUGAGACUGCACUGCUGAAUUCACAAGGAAUCAAGCUGGAUCUUCACAGCCAAACAAAUCACAUGGUUCCUAAUCAUGUACAAGUUACAUCUAAUUCACUACUAAAACUAGAAGCUAAAGAAAAUAUUACUGAACCUGAAAACAUUGUUACACAAGAAGCUACAAAGAAAAACCAUCUAGAUUCUAGAGGAUUCAAAGAGUCAAAUGCCCCCUCGCUUUUGCCAGCGUGCACCUUAGGUCCUCAGACUUCAGCAAAUGUAGCUGAAUUACAUGACUUGGACAUACGAACUGUAAAUCCUGAUGCUUCUGUAUCCAGUACUGUCUCCAGCACACAAACUAUGGUAACCCAGCAGGCUGUUAAAACUGAGUCAUCAAGUACAAAUGGGGCAGUUGUUAAAGAUGAAACUUCACUAACAACAUUCAGUUCAAAAUCUGAAGUUGCUGAAACUACUUUUAUAAUGCCUUCAACCAAGGUCAGCACUGGUCACACAAAUAACUCAACUGUGCACUUAUCUAAAACUACUCCACUAAGGCAGAUGGCAACAGUGAAAACAAGAGAACGACAGUGGUACGAUGUAGGAAUUUUUAAAAGCAACAGUGCUUUGGUGAGCCAGUACUAUUUGUUGCCAGAAGAAAAAUUAAGCAUCUCCAACAAGGUGGAAAAUGCAGAUGUUCCAGACUACAGUUCACUUAAGAAACAGGAUCUCUUUCCAGGCACUGUGUACAGGUUCAGGGUUGCUGCAAUUAAUGGCUGUGGUGUCGGCCCUUUCAGUAAAGUCAGUGAAUUUAAAACCUGCAUUCCGGGUUUUCCUGGGGCACCUUCAACAGUCAGAAUCACCAAGAGUGUAGACUGUAUUCAUCUUUCAUGGGAGCCACCUGUUUCACUUUCUGGAAAUAUUUUGGAAUAUUCGGCUUACUUAGCUAUUCGUACCACACAAGUACAUGAAAACCCAAAUCAGCUUGUAUUUAUGAAAAUAUACUGUGGUCUUAAAACAUCAUGUAUGGUGACUGCUGCACAGCUUUCAAAUGCCCAUGUUGAUUACACCUCCAGACCUGCUAUAGUGUUCAGGAUUUCUGCAAAGAAUGAGAGAGGGUAUGGACCAGCCACGCAAGUUCGAUGGCUUCAAGAAAUGAAAACAUCAAGUUCAAAAUAGAAGCACCAUAAUACAAUUCAAGUUAUGAAUGUAGUGUUUAACAUUUGUAAUAUUUUGUAAAUGCUCCAAAUAUUUUAUUUUUGCAUUGUUUUUAUCUUAAAUUUAUACGAACACUUUUUUUUAUAUUUUAAACAUCAGCAUUAUGCAGCCUUGCUCAGGUUGAACUACCAUAUAUGGAAAUUCUUAUAGUGAAGAUAAAUAAUUAGAUACUGACUAUCUUCUAUCAACAACCAUUUUAAUAAUUAACGUUUUAACAAUCACUGCCUUUUAAAUCUGAAAUUGACUCUUGAAGCAGAAUUUAAAUUUGUUACAAUUGCAGGUGUACAAGAUUAACCGCCACUUGUGCCAGUUUUAAAAGAUUUCGUAGAGAUUGCCCAUGUUAAAAUGUCAUUGCACAGAUAACUUUGUAAAGCCUCAUGAUCUCUGUUCAGUUGAAGUUCUUAUACCACAUUCAUCACUGUGGUAUCUGAGUGCAAGGUGAACAUUUCCAUUUAUUAUGGUAUCUUAAAAUGUAUAGAAUAUUUUAAUAUAUAUACUUUUUGUAAAGAAAUGAUUUUUCUACUAUUUGUAACAAAUAUUUUAAUCUUUAAAGGCAUUCCCUGAAGAUAUGCAAAUACUAGGAAACUUAGUCACUUCUGUUAUGAAAAAUAUAAAUGUAAUGUAAAUGCACUACUAUUAGUUGGGAUUAUCCUUUUGAAGUUGUACAAAUCUUAAAUCUGUAAAUAUUCUUAAUGUUUACAAAGAGACCUCUCUGGUCUACUAUUAAACCCUUCAUGAGGAUUCAUCCAUUUUUUUUUUUAAACCCAUAUGCUUUGCUUCCAGCAUAUGCUUGCUUUUUGCACUAAUAAGAAUUUAAUGUACCUCAUUCUUAUGUUUGUAAUCGCUUGUGUUGCUUCCAUAACAUUUCUGUAAUAUUUUAGUCUAAAAAUUUAACCAAAGUUAAAAUACAUGGUAAGCAGUUUUGCACAUAUUAUAUGCUAAUUCUUAUGACAUAUUUAUUCCAGUUAGUCUUCAUAACUGCUUGAUUGGUAAAAUAUACAGGUAAAGCAAUCAGUUCAAUACUCCCAUUUACCUGUCAGUCAUUUUUCAUUAAUUAGAUAGCUGUUUAGCUCAAAAAGCACUGCUGUUAGGAAUAGGUUGAUCCAUUCCUGUGCUAAAGAAAAUAGAACAAAUGUAAACAUUUCAAUGCUAUUUAUUUUUAAAAAAUCAUUUGUUUACCAAAGUCAGAGUAAAAUGGCUGAAUUGUGUGAGGCUACUAGGUGAAUAGAUUUUGAGGCAACUAAUAAUAAUUUUUAUUAAAUGAGUUACUGCACAUGUGCAAUGAAGUUUAUACUUUGCACUUUAAAUUUUUCCUUCGAUGCCAAAAGAAUAUACAGCAAGAUGGAAUUACUUGCCUUUUUCCCUUACAUUUACGUUAAGAACAUGCACUGUAAAUAUGUAAUCUUAAAAAUUAAGAAUAGACUUGCCUGUUUAUUUUGUUUUGGUUUUUAAUGGGGGCAUAGAUAUUUGGUAAAAGAUUCUCAAGAAAAGAUUGGCUAACCCAAAUAUGCUGAAGUAAAUUUUAUGGCCAAACUUUAGACUUCUAAAAGUCAGGGUUUAUAAUGGAAGUGCUGAUACAGCCUUAACACAGCCACAAUCUGUGAUGCCAUGUAAAAGCACUGGGGACUUUACAAAUCUUCGUUGUAGAAUUGAUUGUGACACAAGAGUGUAGUAUAAAUAGUUCUUCUCAUAACAAUAGAAAACCUGACAAGAAAAAAACUUGUGCAUAUAGUGUUGAUUUCAACAGAUUCAUUUGAAGCUGAGUAUUCACAUCAUGAAUUUUUAUAUAGGGUUUUUUCCUGCAGACAAAGUUAAAUGGGCUUAAAAACAUUAGUAUAAUGAUCUACUUUAUCAGUUAUGACCUUGACACUACCCAGUAACUAAAAUCUCCACUUACACGCAGGCUGUAACUAGAAAAGUAUAACUUUGCUUUUCUUAUUAGUACUGUGAAAGAUGCCUUUAGAAAACAUUUGUUGGUUGGUAGCUGUGAUUGUAGUGAUAUUAUUUAAGAAUAAAAUCUGUUGGGUACGUCCAUGGAUGGAGUUUUUGCACUUGGUUUCAUAUACUUUGCACAUUUUAUUUUUUAAAGGGUGUGUCACGUUGACCAAAGGUAAAACUGUGGUGUUUUCAAUCAAAAUACGAUUUCUGUGUAAGUGUACUUACAGCUGGCUUUAUGUAAGUUUUCACUCUCUUCCGUUAUCCCAGUUGGGUAAUGUUUGAAUAGUGAACAUAUGCAAAUCUCCUGUUCCGUGCUUUGCAGUUUUACUUUAAAAUUAAAUUACGUUAUACACUGUGAAAAUGCACAUUGAGGUCUGCUUCUCAGAACUGUACUUGCAAAAUGUCUAAAUCCCACCUAAGUUUCAUCUUAGAGAAACAUUUUAUUUGUUUAUAAACUAGAUAUUGGACAAAUAUACUGAGAUGUCAUCUGUUCCAGUUUUUAAAUUUAUUUGAAAUACAAUUGAAAUUAGCUGUUUGAGAAACUGCAUCAGAAGUCCUCAUUAUUCCAUAUUUGUAAAUGGUAAAAUACAUGUAAACAAAACACCCACAUUGAUCAGAAUACAGUAUCAGAUUUGUAGAAAUUUCAAGGGGUUUGGUAGACUUUUCAUGAAAGUUCUGACUAUAUAAGUAGAAAAGUUAUGCUAGUUGUAGCAGAUAUUGCAACAACUUAAGAAUGUUUUUGUGAAAUUUGAAAUAAAAUGAACGAGAACCAACAUUUUGUGUUUUUAAAGUAAUUAUAGCAAUAUCUUCUAAUAUAGUUUGAAGUAGAGCACAUGAUGACCAAGCCAGAAACUUUGGAGAUAUAGUUAACGAUACUAUUGUUAACUGGUAUUUCAAGGUGGUUGAUUUGAGGUGGUUAUAGUUUUAUGGCUUGUUACUUCAAUGAUCUCUAUAAAGAAAAUUGACGUUUUGUACAAUGAAAAAAUAAUUGAAUAUAUCUUAUUUCAAAGCAUUGUUUAUUCUUUGUAAUAAAGUGGUUGUCCU